CUGGGGCAGAUCAGCCUGGUUUGUUGCAGCCUGGGGCAGAUCAGCCUGGUUUGUUGCAGCCUGGGGCAGAUCAGCCUGGUUUCUUACAGCCUAGGACAGCUAGGCUUGACAGGAUACAGCCUGGGAUGGUUGAGCCUGGUGCAGGCCCUCAGGAUCUGGGUCAGCCUGACUUGGCCCCACCUCCUUUUAUUCACCCUGGUAUAUUUCCUCGUGGUAUAUUUCAACCUGCUACACUUCCACGUGGUUUCAGACAACCCACUCCAACUCAGCCAGACUUUGUAACACCAAGCAUAGACCUUCGCUUUCCAACAAUGGAGGUUGAAACUCAGCAACCACAAUUGCCCCAGUUAUAUCAGCUUCCUACAGCACUCCAAACCAGGCAAGAUAAACUUCCUGAAGGGGUCCAUCGAAUCUCAGGUCAAAAAGCCAAGACAAGGACAGUUGAAAUUCAGUAUGAUACAGAAGAGGCCGGCCUGCCUGAACAAGUGCAGAGAGUUGAGGUGGAUACCCAGGUCUCUUGGGAGCUAAGUCACCUUGACUUGGCUGCCCCAACUGCCCCAGAACAAGUUACCAUCGACUCCAGGACUCAGGAAUCCUGGAACUAUCUCCAGCAGUUUUCAUCAGUAAGCGAGACUCGUCGAGAGCAGCAGCGGCAGGAGUCACUGGAGAAAAUGACUCCAAGCUUCCCCAUGGCGGUGGAAACGUUGCGCCUGAUCGGGGAGCUCAUCUCCCUCUAUUUAGAACUGAAGGAACAGUUGAAAGACUUGGACGAGGAACUGGCUGGCCAGACUGACUUCGAGAAAAUCCAGUACCUGAUCACAAUGAUAGUCAAAAAGACCAUACCCCAGGACCUGGCAGAGCAGCUGAAGAGCCUAAAGAUGUUGAACAAGGAAGUUCGGCAGGACAAGGCAAAACUAGAGAAGAUACAGAAGUUUGUGGACAGUGCUGCUGACACCACCGGAGGGAAGGAAGUGAAACCUAACCAUCUGAGCUUGCAGCUGGGCAUCCUCAGAGUCACCGUGUCUGACAUCGAGAAGGAGCUGAAUGAGCUGAGAGAGAGCCAGGAUCGAGGCAAGGCCACCAUGGAGAACUCUGUCUCUGAGGCGUCUCUUUACCUGCAGGAUCAGCUGGACAAGCUCAGAACCAUCAUUGAGAGCAUGCUGAGCUCCUCUUCCACGCUGCUCUCCAUGAGCAUAACCCCACACAAGUCCACCGCCUGCCUAGUGCCCGGCCAGAUCGACCCCGAGGCCACCUGUCCGGCCUGCAGUCUCGAUGUGAGCCACCAAGUCAGUCUGCUGGUCCAGCGCUAUGAGCAGCUACAGGACAUGGUCAGUGGCCUCGCUGCCUCCAGACCCUCCAAGAAGGCCAAGCUGCAGGGCCAGGAUGAGGAGCUGCUGGGCCACGUGCAGAGUGCCAUCCUGCAAGUCCAGGGUGACUGUGAGAAGCUCAACAUUACCACGAGCAACCUCAUUGAGGACCAUCGGCAGAAGCAGAAAGACAUUGAAGUGCUGUAUCAGGGGAUAGAAAGGCUGGAUAAGGAAAAGGCCAACAGAGAGCACCUGGAGAUGGAGAUUGAUGAGAAAGCCGACAAGAGCGCUCUGGCAUCCAAAGUGAGCCGGAUCCAGUUUGAUGCCACUACAGAGCAGCUGAACCACAUGAUGCAGGAACUGGUGGCCAAGAUGAGUGGACAGGAGCAAGACUGGCAGAAACUUCUGGAUAAGCUCCUGGCAGAGAUGGACAGCAAGCUGGACCGCCUGGAGCUGGACCCGUUGAAGCAGAUGCUGGAGGAUCGCUGGAAAUCACUGCGGCAGCAGCUCAAAGAGCGCCCUCCACUCUACCAGGCCGAUGAGGCAGCUGCCAUGCGGAGGCAGCUCUUGGCUCAUUUCCACUGCUUGUCCUGUGACCGUCCCUUGGAGACAACUGUGACUGGACAAAUCAUCUCUGUGACCCCCAUGAUUUCGAGCAUGCCAGGGCACCGUUCCGUCCGGCCUUACACUGUGUUUGAACUAGAGCAGAUCCGACAGCAAAGCAGAAACCUGAAGCUGGGCAGCAGCUUCCCUCGGGGUGACAUGUCACAGAUGGAGAGAAGCGUGGGGCGUCUGCACAGCAUGCACUCCAGGAUGCUGAUGGACAUGGAGAAGGUGCAGGUCCACUUCGGAGGCUCUGUGAAGGCCAGCAGCCAGAUGAUCCGAGAGCUGCUGCACACCCAGUGCCUCAGCCACCCAUGCUACAAACGGGGAGCAGACACGGCAGAUUACACCUACUCGACUGUACCCCGUCGCUGUGGGGGCAGCCACACCCUCACCUACCCCUACCGGCGAAACCGCCCGCAGCACCUGUCUCCACUGGAGGAGAUCCAGAUCGCCAUGAAGCAUGAUGAGGUCGACAUCUUGGGCCUCGAUGGACACAUCUACAAGGGACGGAUGGAUACACGGUUGCCAGGCAUCCUAGGGAAAGAUACCCCAGGAGUGACAAAACACAGCAAGGCUAAGCUCCAGCAGCUGCAGCAGUUGCAGCAGCUGCAGCAGCUCCAACAACUGCAGCAGCUGCAGCAGGCCCAGCAUGCCCGGCCCCACAUACACAGGCAGCCAAGCCUGGGCAACAUCAGCUCGCCACCCUCUCGGCCUCAGAGUGCACAGAUGAUAGCGGACAGCAAAGCAGUUCCUUCAGGGCAAAAGAAAGACAGACCGGUCUCCUCUGAGGGGCGUCUCCUGCAGUCGAAUGUAAGCCAUUCAUCCAUCACUACAGACAUGGCCAGUCUGCAGGGUAGCCAACCGGGUCUGAGUAUGCACAUUGACGUGCCUCCCGGGGAGGGGCUGGAGGAACCUACCCGGGGUCCACGGUCCACCACUGCUCACUGAGGCAUAAAUAAACAUUUUAAA